GGUGCUAUCCUCCUGCUGUAGUCAUUAUUACACAAGCUGCUAAUAAAAACUCGCAUGAGAUCAGAGUUAUGUUAUCAAACCCCUCAGGUUCUGUCAAGGCUGUCGCAUUCUGCACUGGAGCUCAUUCAUGUGGCUUCUGGAACAUCUCGAAAAACAUUAGUCCAGACUUGAGACAAUGUUCCUGCACUGCACUUUGCUCAUCGCUGGCCUCCUGUGGACCCAAACUUCUCUCAGCAGUGCAGGAAAAGUCCUGGUGUAUCCGGUAGAAGGAAGCCGCUGGGUCAACAUGAACAUCAUCCUGCAUGAACUACAUAAACGAGGUCACGAGCUGACAGUGGUACGUUCUUCCAGAAGUUCACAGAUUCCUGAAAACGCUCCUCACUACAAAUCACUAACCAUCCAGGUCACUGAUGCCAUGGAUUUGGAUAAAGCUGAACAAAUAGCGUUGCUCCUGAAAAAUGUUAUUGAAAGUCGUAAAAGUGAAUGGUCCAUUCUUCCCUUCAUAGCUACAUAUCAAACAUUUUUUAACAUUAUGGAGCAAGGUAACAGCGCGAGUGCAGAAAUGUUAAGAACCAUACUGGAGGAUAAAGCAUUAAUAAAAAAUCUCAAAAGCUCCAAGUUUGACUUGAUUUUGACUGAUCCGUUUUAUGGAAGUGGAGUUGUGUUGGGAUCGUACUUGGGUUUACCGACAGUGCUUAAUGUUCGCUGGAUAAUGAGCAGAGAAGCACACUUCACAAUCGCACCUUCUCCUCUUUCCUACAUCCCAGCAUUUGGAUCUGAAGUCAGUGACCAAAUGACCUUCAGAGACAGACUGAAGAACUUGUUUCAUUAUGUUCUUGCACAGUAUUUGGAUCACAUGGUCACUGGACCAGCUUAUCAGGGUCUCAUAUCUGAGUUUAUAGAUCCAGAAACUAAUAUCUUCUCCCUCACCCGAGGUGCAGCUCUCUGGCUCAUGCGAGUAGAUUUCGUGUUUGAGUUUCCUCGGCCCACGAUGCCAAACGUGGUCUACGUUGGGGGAUUUCAGUGCAAGCCUUCCAGACCUUUACCUGAUGAGUUGGAGAUGUUCAUGCAGAGUUCAGGGGAACAUGGUGUAAUCGUUAUGUCUUUUGGAACUCGGUUUAAAGGUUUGGAUCUUAAUCUAUCCGAAAUCUUCGCCUCUGCCUUUGCUCAUCUACCGCAGAAGGUCGUGUGGCGUCAUCGAGGACCGAAACCUUCCACAGUGGGCGACAACACACUAUUAUUAGACUGGAUUCCACAAAAUGACCUUCUUGGACAUCCAAAAACAAAGGUUUUCAUAACUCAUGGUGGAACAAAUAGCAUCUAUGAGGCCAUCUAUCACGGAGUCCCGAUGUUGGCAAUACCACUAAUCCUGGACCAGUUUGACAACAUGGUACGUCUGAAGGCUAAAGGCAUAGCUGAAGUUCUGGAGGUGACCAAAUUGGAUGUUGAUACACUGACCCAAUCUCUUAAAAACAUUAUGGAUGAAAAGCAGCUCUACAUGAAGAACAUGCAUGAGAUUUCCUCUCUAUAUCAUGACACACCACUAAAACCGAUGGAGAGCAUCAUCUUCUGGUUGGAAUUUGUCAUGAGGCAUAAAGGUGCAGCUCAUUUGCGUACCCAGGCGUAUAAGAUGCCCUGGUUUGCGUAUUAUAACGUGGAUAUUCUUGCAUUUAUAAUUGCAGUGUUUAUGAUCUUCUUUCUGCUGUUUGGUCUGAUCUGUAAGCUUCUGUGUAAGGGGCUGGAGAGAAAGAGAAAAGCCAAACAGCAGUAGGAGCUGUGGGAUUUCUUACCUCUGUUACCUCAACAUUGAGGUUUCCUGAUGAUUCCUGAUAUGUUCUUUAACCCCAGACAUUUAUAUUAAAUCCUCCUAAAUUUAUACGAUUACUAGAAACUAAAUUUGUAGGAAAAGUCUUUUCCAUGCUCUGGGAUGCACAAUGUUUAGAAAUAAAAGAGCUUUCAAAAUAACAAGGGGAAAAGAUAAAGAUGUUAAAAUUAUAGUUUUUCCCCAGACUCAAAUACAAACCUUUUUUUGUUGAUGAAGUCUUCUCGUGAUUGUUGACUUUGACGCAUCAACCUCCUGGAAGAUGUUCAGGUAACGCUUCAGAAUAACUGAUGUUCCUGAUCUGGCCAACGCUUGUGAUGGAGUUGUUCAUCAAGCUGCUGUGUUCCAUGAUCAUCUGGACCUUUUGUGUGUCUUGUCUCCCUCUCUCCCCUACUCU